GACGUUAUCCUGCACGCAGCUAUGUCGCACAAGGAGACAUUAGCCCGCUAAUUCUUAAUAUUUCGUAUUAUUUUGUGAAUACAGUACCGCACUUGACUGGUUUUGUCAUUUAUAGUCAGUGUCGUCUUCACCAUGAUUGCCUCUGAGAGGGGAGAGCAUGUUGAUGCUCCUCAGUCCAGCAGUAAAGAGACAGACACAGAGAAGAAGAAGAGGUCUCGUGUCAAACAGUUGCUUGGUGACGUGAAGAAGCAAGUGGAGUUCUGGUUUGGGGACGUCAACCUCCAUAAGGACCGCUUUCUGAAGACUCUCAUCGACGAAUCCAGUGAUGGAUAUGUGGAUAUAUCUGUGUUGACUAGUUUCAAUCGAAUGAAGAAGUUGACAACCGACACAAAGCUGAUUGCCAGAGCGCUGAGAAACUCAUCUGUAGUUGAGCUUAACUUGGAGGGGACAAAAGUCAGACGUCAGCUUCCUGUUGGAGACAGGCCAAAUGAUGUUGAUAGCCGUACAGUCUAUGUGGAACUUUUGCCCAAGGACGUGACGCACAGCUGGAUAGAGAGGGUGUUCACAAAGUGUGGGAACGUGGUUUACGUCAGCAUCCCCAGGUUCAAGACGUCCGACGAUUCGAAGGGAUUCGCCUUUGUGGAGUUUGAAAAGGAAGAGGAAGCACUCACAGCCAUAGAGAUGCUGAACAACCCUCCUGAAGAUGCUCCCAGGAAGCCAGGGAUUUUCCCCAAAACUCUAAACAGGAAGCCAAUUCCUGUGGAUGCCGACGGCCUGCCGGCAGGUGAGGAAGAGGAGAAGAAAAAGCGCAAAAAGAAGAAAAAGAAAGACAGCGCUUCAGCCCAGGCACCGUCCGGCGACGUGAAAGAACAGGCGAUGGAGGAUGAACCUCCUGUGCAGAAGAGGAAGACGUCGGCAGCAGCGGAGGAGUUUGAACCGGAGCUCAGCAGCUCUCAGAAGACUCCAGGAAAACUGUCGGAGAAAAAGAGACGGCGGUCGCAGACAGCAGAGCUCUCAGAAAGCGAUGUUCCAUCAAAGAUGAGAAAAACCAGUGAAAGUAGAUCUGAAGAGGUGGCGAGGGAGAAAACAAAGAGAGAUUCACCCACUCCAAGUGACUCACAGCAGGAUCUUGAGACGGGGAAGGAAAACGGAGAUGACAAAGAUGUCAAAGCAAAGAGGAAGAGAAAAAAGAAACACAAAGAGAAACUGAAAAUCGGAGAAGAAGUCAUUCCACUUCGAGUUCUGUCAAAGAAAGAUUGGCUCACACUGAAGGACGAGUACUUGAGGCUGCAGAAACGCAGCAUGGCCUCGCUGAAGAAGUGCAUCACUCACAUUGACGGCAAGGAGCCCCAGCCUCCAGACCAACCAGGUGUGUUUCUGGAAAGAUUUAGAGUUGAGAAUAACACAAGUGAGAAAGUACUGAAGCAGGGGCCAAAGUUCACCAGCGGGGUCAUCAUGAAGAUCACUGACAGCAAACCGUUACCGGGGAGGAAGAUCCUCAAAGAGGCUUUGAGUAAAAUCUCUCCAGUGGCCUACAUCGACAUCUUGGAAGGAGAUGCCGAAGGUCACAUCCGCUUUCACUCGCCGGAGGAAGCAAAAGCCGUCAGCAGUGUGAAAGCCCAGCUGCAGAAAGAGCACAGCUGGAAGCUUGAAAUUCUCUCAGGUGACCAUGAACAGAGGUACUGGCAGAAGAUCUUGGUGGACCGCCAGGUGAAACUGAAUCGUCCAAGGGAAAAGAAACGGGGGACAGAAAAGCUCAUAUCCAAAGCUGAAAAGAUCCUCAUUGCCCGAGCCAAGGAGGCGAACAAGCACAUCCGUUUCCAAGAAGACUGAAAGUCUCUCAGAUUAGCCGUCAUACUUUUUUAACGCCAGAAGAGGAAUUAACAAAAACAUGAAGUUAAAUUUUUUUAAACGAUUCUUAGUUAGGAUUUUGUUCUUUUUUCCGGGGGCACUGGAAUCCCCAAGAUAACGUGGAAUGCUGCUAUGCAUGUCGAUAUUUGGCUUUCGUAAAAAAACCCCAAAAAAACUGUUUUUUUACAGAAAAUAAAAAUCUGUGCAGAUGUUGCUAUGAUUGAUCUGAACUUUCUCCCAGUGAAGAAAUGUACAGGCAAAGGCUUUUAUGUGUUAUUUUUUUUUUAUUUAUUUUUUUUCUGAAGUGUAAUUAUGAAGUUGUAGGUUUUAUGGACACAUGACAACAAACAGCUCAGCCAAAACACAACAUAAUUAAGGUCCAAAAGUAUUGAAGCCACUGUGGAGCUGGAAAAGCAAAUGUAUAGAGUCCAUAUCAUUUUCAAGACUGUCCUGUACCACCCAGGAAGGGCCAAAACACAGGUUUUUUUUUUUUUUUUUUUUUUUUAACAGAUGUAUAUAUUAGUGUUGUCAAUCAGCUAAAAAAUUGAUCACCGAUCUAACUAAGUUGUAAUUAGCACACAAAAUCACCAAUUUAAUGCACAAAAAUUGUAUAUUCUGAAUCUUUCAGUUUAAGUGGAGCGUGUAUUUUAGGUGCAAGCAGUUUCACAAAUGUGAAAUUUGAACCAUCCAUUUAAAAGUUGAUAUGGUGAAAGGGAAGGCCAGUCUAUAGGCCCAAAAAUGAUGAAAAAGACUAAUUAAUUCAACUGAAAUAACUUCAUUAAAUUGAAAGAAAUAAAAGUGCAACACCAAUACACGCUCCCUACUCCCUACUUUGCUUCUCCCUCCCUAUUGUCUCUGCUUGCGGCACUGUUGUCUCGUCUGUUUGACUGGAGUAAUCACUUGACUUGGUUUUUCGAACAAACCAAAUAUCAACCACGGAAUUCAUCAGCUGGUCUCUCUAUGCAAUUGAUGGGAUUUUUUUCAACGAAGAGCACAGGAGCGGGGGAUCCUGCCUGUCCGGACGGGACUCGGCAGGCCGGGUAUGUGAUCGACGCCCGGGAGAAGUGGAGGGGUGUCACAUGCCUGGCACCCCUGUUCGUCAAGGUCAUUGUGGAUGUUUACAUUUUCAGAUUUAUGAUGAUCGGCCUGCUGCUGGUGAAGAUACGUUCUGAUUGCGGCUGGCGCCCCUGGAAGACUAAACAUCCCCUGAAGAUUCAAGGACAAGAUUGAUUGCUUAUCUGUCUUCCCUCUCUCUCACUCCCAGCUCUAAUCACGACUCCCUUUGGAACCGCAAUAUGAAUUAACAUUUUGUUUUUGUUUUGUUUUGUUUUUGUUUUUUUUACCA